AUGUCCUCCUACCUCAAAUACUUCGGCUUCGGCGGAGACAAAGCAUCUUCCGCAAAGACUGUGGGCACCUUGCCUGAGAAACAUUCUCCCGUCCGGGCAUUGCCAGCGACAUGGUACACAUCUCCAGAGAUGUACGAGUUCGAGAGACGAGCAAUCUUCACUCGCCGUUGGCUCUUUAUGACACACAGCUCUCGCAUCAAAAAUCCCGGAGACUUCCUUCGCUUCAACAUUGCAGGCUACAGCCUCAUCAUCAACAGAGACCGUACAGGGAACGUUAAUGCGUUCCACAACGUCUGCAGACAUCGUGCCUAUCCAAUUGUCGAGAAACAAGAAGGCAAUGCGAAAAUCUUCGCCUGCAGAUAUCAUGGCUGGUCGUAUGGACUGAAUGGGAAACUCGCCAAAGCUCCUGGCUACCAAGAGCUAGACGGCUAUCAGAAAGAAGAAAACAGCCUGUUCCGUAUUCACGUCAAAGUCGACGUCAACGGCUUCAUCUGGAUCAACAUGGAUGCCAAGGAAACUCCGGAAGUACCUUGGGAAGAACAUUUUGACAACGUGGACGAGCAAGAAAGAUAUAAGGAGUUCGACUUUGAUAACUACGAGCUCGAUCACACUUACGAGAUCAAAGGCGACUUCAACUGGAAGAUCCUGGCGGACAACUUCAACGAGUGCUAUCAUUGUCCCACCACCCAUCCUGAUAUCCCUGACUUCAUCAAUCUCGAGACCUUCGACUCUGAUCUCAAGGACGGGCAUAUCCAACACCACUGUAUCUCUACGCCUGAGCAAGCAGCACAAGGCCUUGGUGUAGCCAGUACCUACUACUUUCCAAACACAUCAAUGACAGUCUCUCCACACUUCAUCAUGGUGCAGAAGUUCCUACCUCAUGGUCCGGUAAACUCGACAAUGAACUACGAAAUCUACCGCAACAAAACCUCUUCCGAGGAAGACUUUAAGCUCAUCUCCUCCAUGUACGCUCGCGUAAUGGGAGAAGAUAAAGUGCUCUGCGACCAAGCACAAAAGAACCUCAAUUCUGGAGUAUUCGUCAACGGACAAUUGCAUCCAAAGUACGAGAAAGCGCCAUUGUUCUUCCAACAGACUGUUCGAGAACUCAUCACAGCUCACUUCAAGAGGGAGCAGCGAGAGGGAAGACAAAUUUGGCCAGCGAGACAGAUGGUAGGCGAUAGGAUUAGUCAGGAGGAUAUUGAGAUCUGCGAGGGUAUAAGCUGUGGAUCGCAGAAAGAAGCUUUGGUAUGGUAG